CAAAGUUCACUUUUCAGCGAAAAAUAAUCAGAAAAUGAGCAAAUUCGUCGUUAUUUUUGCAUUUUUAUCGAUUUUGUCGGUAAGUCAAGCGAUAAAAUGUCACGAAAGAGUAAAUGAAACAGUGACCCAUAUUCGAGAAUGUGCAGCUCCGACCGAUCAUUGCGUGAAUGCAAGUUUAAUAACUCCCAACCUUCAUAUAAUAUUAGUUGGAUGUGCUGAAGGAGACAUUUGUAAGACUUUGGUGUCGAAUAUAUCGAACUACGAAUGGACCUGUUCUGUCUGUAACACUCGAGAUUUAUGCAAUUCAGCGGAAAAAUACUUACAAAGCUCGAUUUUGGCAAUAUUUUGCUUGAUAAUUGCCUUUUUUGGAGGAAAAUUCAAGUUCUAAUUACAAAAUAAUGACUCAUAAUGUCUUAUCUUAUCAAUAAAAAUUUCUUCACUGCAUUUUGAAACUUUGUAUUGUGCAAUUAAUUUUAUUUACUUUCAAUUGAAGUGCACUUUGACUAAUUUGUCAUCAAUAGAUAAACUAAUUUUUCAUCAAAAAUGUCGUCUCGUAAGUCAAUUUUGCGUUCGUCACACGGAAUUCCUCGUCCUUUGUCAGCUCGCAGUACAAAAAGUAACGAAAUCUCCGCCGAUAAAGUUCUGAAACGAAAAAUUCCGGAAACGAGAGCAGUUAAAAAACUCCCUGACGAUAUUUUGGAUCUCUCGGAUGUCGAUUUGUCGUUGAUGUCUCGCAAAAAUUCCGAUUUUUCUGAAGAUCAAGUGGAAGCGAUCGUCGAUGAGCAACAAAACGAGACAAAAAUGUAUUUUUCAACUCCAAUCAAGACAAAUCCUGCUGUUGAAAACAAAACUUGCGACGAAAUUUCAUCUCCCGUGGUUCAAGACACCCCAAAAAUUCUCUUCACACCCGAUUCGACGCUUGGAAAGACAUCUGAAACUGAAAAAACUGUCAUUAAUCGAGAAGUUGUUGGCGAUGUUGCCGAAUCUCAUGUCGUUUCUCGCCUUUCGGAUGAAAAAGCAGUUCUCUUAUUGCCAUCUUUCUCAUUUUUAGCUCUUGUUGCCUUGAAUAUUUUGGUACUUUUGUACUUUUACGAUCGAAUUAUGGCACUCGAACACGAAAUUGAACAUCUCCGUUCAGCUGUUUUCGCCAAAAAUGCCGUUUUGAAGAAGGAAAAUACAAAUUUGAUCGUUUACAGCGAGGAUUCAUUUUGGGAAAUGAUGAUUUCAGCACUUUUUAAGAUUUAUGACGCGAUGAUUGGAGCUUUAACAAGUUUUAAGUAAUAAUUUUUAAUGAUUUAUUGUCGAAUAAAUUCAUUAAAUUGUCUUAAAAAAUGAGACGGGUUUUUUUGUUAUGUAAAAUAGA